AUGUUUUGAUGGAGACCAGAAGUAUGACACAAGGUCCUAACCUUUAUUUCCAUGAUCAUUGUGAGUGUUUUGUCGCAGUUAUCUCCAUCUAAUAUAAUUGUAAUUAAUAAUUGUGAAACAUGUUUCUUAAACUGAGAGGAGAAUAUUAAUAUAGCAAUAUUAGAAAGUCUGGUUAUUAUUACAUUACAUUACAUUACAUGUCAUUUAGCAGACGCUUUUAUCCAAAGCGACUUACAAUAAGUGCAUUUAAACAUUUGGGUACAAAUAAGAGCUAGAAGUAAGUAAGAGUUUCAAGUAAACCAAACUAUGAAGUUUUUUUUGUUUUUUUUUUUGUCGUCAUCGUCAUCGUCUUAGUCGAUUAUUAUUAUGAGGGGCGGCUGUGGUCGAGCAGGUUGUCUUCCAGCCAACUUGAACUUGUCUCCUCUCGUCUCCACUCGCCUCCACUCGUCUCCUCUCACCCCAGGAGAAGACACUUGAACCCAGGUCACUGAUUGUGGCCGUUGUGAGGAUGGAAUCUACGCUGAGUUUUGAUGCUCCAGGAUGUUGUUGAUAAAAUUGUUCCAGCUCUUGUGAAGAGUGAGAGGUCUGUGGGUGCAGAUAGGAUCUUUGGCUGCAGGUUGAACUGCAAGUGAACAGAAAACACACACACUUGAUGUGAGCAGUUUGUGGUGCUUCGAUUGCUCGUCUUCAGAUCAACAUCAUGAAGAACUUUGAUGAUGAAGUGAGAAAGAUUCUGGAGGAAGCUCCAAACGCCAGAAAAGCUCUGAUGGAGAAUUACGACAACCUGCUGAAAGUGUCUGAAUACUGCCACGACAAUUACCUGCAGUCAGGUGACAACAGUAGAAAAGCACUGGAGGAGACAAAGAACUUCACCAACCAAUCACUGGCCAGCAUCGCCUACCAGAUCACGACGCUGGCCAGCAGUGUGCUGAGUCUGUUUGAUGCUCAGACCAAUCAGCUGUGUCACAUGGAGUCUUCCAUCAACCUCAUUGGUCAGACGGUGGAGAUGCACAAAGAGAAAGUCUCUCGAAGAGAGAUUGGUGUUUUCACGGCCGUGAGACGAGUCCCGCGCAGCCACAAGAUCCUCCCACCAAUUAAACCUCCUGCAGGUGUGCAGCCCUGCCCACUUUACAGCCGCCAACCAAUCAACUAUCAGCAGCUGGACGGCCUGGGCCACGGUGUGAAGGUCUGUGGGAAGCAGUCCGACAGAACCGGAAUAAUCCGUAAACACGGCGCCUCCAUCAGGUCAAACAAACCUCCAGAGCCUGUGCAGUGCCCAGUGGCGCCCCCUGUCAGCAGCUCCAGUUUUGGAAAACCUGUUGCUCCACCCAUCAUUCCCACAACUUGUGAGGCUCCACCUGAGGAUGACAUCAUGACACUGAUGGAUUAUGCUCCCCCUCCUCCUCCUCUGGCUCCCGAUGAUGAGGUCAUGAACACCUCUGUCCCACCUCCUCCACCUCCUUCCGUUGAUUCUUUAGGGGAUAUGGUGACCCAGCCCUCCCCCUCCCCACCACAGUCAGGUCUUCUGACCAAUCAUAACACAGUUCUGCCAGCCCCACCCCUCAUCCUUGAGACUGUGGUGGAGGAGAACCUCCCCCCUCCUCCAUCUGAAGAUGAUGCCUCUCCUUUGACCAAUGAUGUCUCAGAGUUGCCAGCCCUGCCUCCUCCACCUCCACCUAUCCAGGAAGUAGAUGUAACCCUCCCCUCCUCUAGGAGGAACCGUCGCCGUCGCUCACCUCCCACCACUCGCUCUAUCUCAUUGCGGGUCCGCUCAGGCCCCGCCUCCCACUGCCGCUUCACGCGCUCUCUCUUCCUGCCUGCUGUCCAAUCCUUGAUGAUCCCGCCUCCUCCCCCUUACCCCCCCCCUCACACUCCUCAUGCUCCCCCCUCCUCCUCUUCCUCACCUCAGCUCUGCUUACCUGCUCGCCUCCAACACCUGGAUCUGGAGAUCCCUGCGCCUCCCCCUUCUUUUCUACUGGACACUGAGGGUGGCCUUGAUGACAUCAUGUUGCCCCUCCCUCCACCACUGGAUUUUGACGACACAAACAUGCAUAUCCUGGAGAGAGUGGUGGUGCUGUACAACUAUGAGGCCUCUAAACCCGGUGACCUGACCCUCACUGAAGGUGAAAUUGUCCACCUGACACGUCGCCAUGACGAUGGCUGGUGUGAGGGUUUCCUGGACGGAAGGCAGGGCUUCUUCCCUGAGAGCUACGUCACUCAACUGAUCCACCCAUAAAGAUGACAUGAAGGUCAAAGGUUAACGAUCACUGAGAUGAAAUGACCAACCAGAAUUUUAUUGGCCUUAUUUUCAUUCAGUUGUAUUAAUGGUGACAGUAAGAUUCACAUACUUUGUUUAAAUGAUCGCAUGAUUAAUCAUGUCUUUGAUUGGCAGACAAGUCACAUGGAAUAACAUCUGUGAUGCUGCACUGCACCCUGCUGGCUACAGACACAAACUACACAUUUACAAAAAAGUUUAAAAAAAACAGAUGUUUUUAAUUCUGUAGAAUUAUUAUUAUACAUGUUAAGAUCAAUACAGUUAUUAAUCUACGAUGA